GAUAUCCUCUUCAUUGCAGGAAUGUUUUCAGUUUGCUUGCACUAUGUAAGUGGAUAAGACCAAACAAGUUGAUUAUUUUUACUGAUAACAAAUUUAAAAAAAAUUUAGUUUUAUAUAUAAAAAAUGUCGUGUGCUUUUGUGGUUAAUAUAUUUUUACUAUUAAUGUUUAUCCAGUUUGGAGUUAAGGCCAAAAACAAAGUCGAUGAGCAGAAAUUGAAGGAAAUUGCGGAUUUGAGAAAAGAGCUAAUUACAGCUUUCGAAAAAGAUAUAGAUAUGAAAACAAGUGGUGGAAGCGGUGUAGUUGUGCAACCAGGUUGGACCCAAGGCGGAGAUAUAAACAAAGGUUCAUCAAAAGUUGUAGUCACUAAAAAGAAUUUAGAAGACGCGGCAGCUAUCCGACAUGAGAUCCAGAGUGCAAUUAACAGUAAUACUUACGUCAAAGGUGAAGAAAUCUCAAAAGCCGAUCAGUAUUUUGGUAUGCAAUUUCGCAGUAAAAGCCUUUUGGCAAACUUGAUUGGUUCAGAGAACUCGAACUUCCAUCACGAAGAAGUUGGCUUUGGAAUGGAAGAAGAACUUGAAGAAGGAAUGCCAAAUGUCGUACAAAGCAAUGCUUUCGAUGACAUUGGUAUCGAAACAUUAGACCGAUUAAAAACGUCUACUAGACGAACUCGAGAGGUUUUAGUUCUUCAAGAAAUCAUCGAAGAUCUAAGUUUUGAUUUAGGAGAAGAUGUAAGAGAAUGGAAACAUUUUGAGCAUGAUGGCAAAGAAUAUUUUAUCGGUUUGAGGGAAACUGAUCUGUUGAUAGUUGAGAAAAACAACAUGAAAUAUGCAAAUAGUCAUGUUGUUAAAAUAAACGCUCCGAUCUUGUAUUUGGAAUGCUUUUGUUUUUGGAAUAAAGAGUCUCAGCGGCAAGAUGGCAUGAUUUUGGCUGCAGUAGGAGAGAAUGUGCUAUGGUACCAGGCCAAUUCGGAUGCACUCUUUUGGAAAUGGUCUACAGGAAUGCCUAUCAAUGGAUUAACAUAUUUUAAAAUAGACCAAGAGGAGUACUUAGCAAUUUCAUCUGAUAUGUCAGCCCGAACCGAAUUCUCAUCCCUCAACAUUUAUCAAUUUGACAUUCGAUCUAAAGAAUUUUGGAUAGUGCAAAAGCUGCAACUCGAAGAUUCAUGUUCAGAGACAAUUUUCUUAGAUUCUGGAAGGGAUGUUGUUCUGGCUGUAGUGCAAAAUAAUUCUGCAGCCAUUUUCGUUUUCAAUCCACAUACAGAAACACUUGGUAAUCAAGUUAAAUUUGAACUCAAAACUGUAAUAGAGUCCGAAGGAAUUCAAUCGAUAUCUGGAUUCCAGAUGGGAGGCUUAUCCUAUUUGGCUUUAGGUGGUCUAGCCCCUCAAAUUUUGCAUUAUUCGCGUGGAGAGUUCCUUCCUAAAACAAUAUUUGGACAGAAUUUCGGUUUAGUUGAAUUAUUUCUGCCAAUUUCCACACGAACAUAUCGCGAUGACCUUAUUUUGUUAGUUCAACAUCGUGUAAGCUUCGACUCUCACGAUCUGGUUGUGCUAGAAGCUCUUAUUUGGAAUGGGGAAGUUUUUGAAGCCACAAUUCCAGCGCCAUGUGUAAUUGGAAAUCACACUUUUGCAUUUGGAGUAGGUUGUAUGCUUGAUAUACAUCGUGAAAACGGUAUUAAAGGAUCAGCCGUACUUAGACGAAACAAUGAUGUUUUCAUCAUUGUGCCAAGAUAUAAAGCUGAAUCUGGAUUCUUUCAGAUCAAAACCGAGCUUUUGUCAAAGAACUCAGAGCUUGUUGAUUUGGGAGAGAUAUUUACUUUUCUUAAGGAAUGGGUCAAAGAACAAGAAAGUCUUAUUGAAGAAUCUUACAAAUAUUUGCAGGAUUCAAGUGAUCCUAUGGAGUCUAUCAGUGAAACGUUAAACUUUACUAGUCUUAAAACUCCUGAACUUGAUUUUAAUGGGCCUGUUGGUGAAAUAUUCAUUAAUGAGCACCAAUGGACAGAGGAUGAUACGCAUGUGGAUUUGGAAAAACUUAUAGGAGCUAUUGAGAGAUUAGACAUGGAAUUAAACAGUAAUAAUGAAGAUAUCACUCGAAAUCGUCGACAUUUGACUUAUGAAACAUUAGAUUUCGAUAACAUUGAAGCUGAUGAAGUUGAACUUCAGCUUUUGAAUGGCGAACAUUCAUAUGUUAAAAAUUCUGAGCUUAUCUUUCCUGGAACUGUGAGCUUUCAGAGCUUGAACGUCUUGGAUGAAAUCCAACUAAGUUCGGCAAGAUCUGUGAGAGAAAGUUCUAUGGAAGUUGGUGCAAACUUAAAAUUCGAAACAAUAAAUGAUAUCAGAUGGAAUGAUUUUGUUGAUGAUUUGAUAUUUAGGAAUAUUCAAGUCAAUAUUGGGGAACUCGAAGUUUUGGGGGAAGUUAUUUCAGAAGGAACUUUAGAUGUUCACAAUAUUGGUGUUAUGAAGUUUCCUGAGGAUUUUUUGUGGUCAAGCAGUCAAGAAGCGCUGGUGCCUAUUGUUGAAGGGGAAAAAUAUUUUCGUUCUAAUUUGGUAUCUGGCGCAGUAGAUACUGGCGGUCCAAUAAAUGGAAUAAAUCCUUUUGAUAUGAUAACGCUGUCUGAAAACGAAAAUAUUGCUGGACUUACAACUUUUCGGCACUUGGAAGUUUCGGAGAAAAUGGCGGUCAAUGGUACACCACAAGGCAAAGGUUUGACGGCUUUUCUUUCAAAUCCAACAUUAUUAGAAUCAAAUAUCAUUCAAUCUGCGUGUAAUUUUUUUCAACUUGAAGUCAAGGGCUCCAUUCAUGUGUCAGAGAAAUUCAAUGGAAAUGACUUGGACUUACUUUUGAAUGAUAUCAUUUAUCAACCGAGUGUAUUCGAAGCAGAAAUUCUCAUACCAUCCAAAAAAUUUCUAAACUCACCGAAUUUCUUUGAUUCCAAACUAAAAUUAAAUGAAAAUAUUUUAAAUAAAAUUGAGUUAGAUACAUUUGUUACGAAAAAUACUCAACAAAAAUUGAAUUUAAAAAAAAUAAUGGGAAAUAUUUACUUUAAUAGUUUGACCGUGACUGGGUUUUAUGAUUCUGUUAAUAUCAUUGAACUGAAACGAGACACUUUGCUAAUUGAUGAAGAUCGUUUUGUGGAUAAUGAAAUUGAAUUCACUAAAAAGAUUUCAGCGCAAUCAGUCAACAUAAUCGAAUCAUUGAAUGGAGACUCAGAAUUCAAGACAUGCAAGGAUGAUGUCCACUUUAAAGAAGUCGUAUUCAAAACCGUUCAAGCUCAAACUUUAACUUCUCAAUGUGACAUCAUAGGAAGUGGUAUUUUAAAUGGCUUUGAUCUUAAACAACCUACGAAAAAUCAAAGUUCAACUUUAUUUAUUGAAGAAUUGAUAUUGUCAAACGGUCUACAAGUUGAAUCCUUACACAAUACGAAUGCAAAGUCACUAUUAUCAUUCUUGGAAAAAAUUGAUAACAUUCCUGCAAUGAUCUUAGAAGGAAAAAUUUUUGUUGAAAAAAUCCAUGUUGAUGGAGAUAUCCAAGUUAAUAAAUUUAAUUCGUUCAGUUUUGACGAAGAUAUUCAAAUGACAGCUAUUUGGCUAAACCGUCCAAACUUUUUGCGAACGAAAUUAGAAUUUCAUGAAACACUAGUAGUUCAUGGAAAUCUUAAUGUAAAUGGAUCUCUUAAUUCGUUUAACUUGCCUAGUAUGAUCAGUGAUAUGGCGUUUAAAUCAGAGAGUCUUCUUUUGAUAAGAGGCCCAAAAGAUUUCUUAGCCGAUUUGUCCGUCAUUGGAGAUAUUGUUAUUGCAAGUGUUAAUAAACUUGAUUUGACAGAAAUCGCGACGAAACAGACAAUUGAACUUUUCCAAGGUAUUCUUGAAAUCAAUGGUGAUUUAAUGGUGGAUGAUUUGGAGGUCACUGAGUUUUUGAAUAACUUUCCUGUUGGAAAUUUUGCCAAAACCUAUCGUUAUGAUGAAAAUUUAAAUACCAUCGUUUUUGUCGCCGAAGUAACAUUUGAGAAAGAAACGUUCUUGGAAAAUUUGUACAUUCUCGGAAAACUAAACUCCAUCGGAAAUAUUAAUGAGUUUUUCGAAAAUAUCGUUUACAAAAACAACAUAUGCAUGCUAAAAGGAAAAACAACAUUUAAGGGUAUUACAAGUAUUGAAAAAGGUGCAUAUAUUAAAAAUGUAAACGGCCACAAUGUUGCCCAUUUGAUGAGGAAUAUUGUCUUUAUUGACGAUCCCGUUCCGAUUGUUAUUUUUGCACCGGUAUCAUUUAAAGAUGUCGUUCAAGCUAACGAUGUUACAGUCAAAAGAUCAAUUAAUACGACCAAUUUAAUAGGAUGUCAAUUAAAAGGCUGGCUCUUUGAUACUUUGAGAAAAAAUAAAAUGGCUGAUUUUGGUGGUCUUGUGAAGUUUGGUCCUGGGGCCUUAGAUGAGAAUUCUAUUCAUACUGUUUUCUUAAAUGGAAUGGACAUGGACUAUGUUGUGACUUUGUACACGUCUCAGAAUUUAUCCGGCAAUGUAGUUUUUUCUGACGUUCAUUUGGGAAAUACGAUUAACACAGUUGGACUAGUGAAUGGGAUCGAUCUGAAACAAGAAAUGGAAAAUACACUUUUGAAAUCUGGCAAACAGCAUGUUACAACUCCACUCACAAUGCAAUCGUGCAGUGUUAUCCAAUCACUCGAGAUAAAUGCUAUCAACAGUAAUGGAAUUAAUCUUCAAAAUUUAGCCUCCCUACACGAAAAUCUAGAGUUCAGUUCACCUCUUUCAUUUUCAAAAAUAAUCACUAGAAAUGUAGUUACAAGUGAUCUCAUAUCAGGAAUCGAUUUCAGCGAAUGGCAACAAAAGGCUUUGCUGACAAAAGGCCAAUCAAAUUUAGUAGUCACUGGAAAUUGGAAAAUAAAAGAUCUUAAUGUUAAAUCGCAUUCCAUCACAGGAGAUUCACCAAAGAGUAGAUUGAUGCAGAUAAAUAAUGAAAUUCAUGAUCAGUACGAUCAGCUGUACGAAUCAUUUGGAAGCCUCUGUGAAAAAAGUAUGAAAUUAGUAGAAGAUGCAUCGAAGAAAAUUUACUUUCCGAAAUAUCUUGAAAAAUCGUUCGUCUUAGAAGAGAAUGAGAUAUUUGAUAAAGUAUUCCUCGUAACUGAUCGAUAUGAAGAGUACAUAAUAGUAAAUAUUGGCUGUCACUCCAAAAUUUUUAAAUGGGAUACUAAAGAUGAAUCCCUUAAGGAAGUGUAUAAAUUUGAAUCGGGUCUGUUAGAAGAUAUAUUGGCUGUCCCAGCAAAGGAUGAAAGUCUUCAUCUUGUUACCAAUAUUCGAAGCAAUAGUAAUUGCUCAAAUCAAAAUGGAGUUACGGCUUGGACUUUCGAUCGAAGUAAUGUUUCUUAUUUGAAGAAUUUCAAUGACUUGGAUAUUUCCACCAUACAUCAUCCGGCGAACAAUGGAGACACAUUUUAUGCCAUUGGCGAAAAAAAUAGAAAAGUAUUUCAGCUUUCAGCAAAUUCUAAUGAAAAACGUUCAUGGAAUCUCCCUCCAAGUGAGAAGGGUCUUUAUAGAUUUUUGCCGAACGAUGCGAACUUAGGAAUUGCAUUGGCCAAUGGGCAACAAAUUCUUCUUCUGAAUCAACCAUCUCGGCGGAGAUUAAGAAGACGACGUCAUAGUGUAAUAGGUCGUCAUAGAGUUAAGUAUGAAGUAAAACCACAGCCUAAACUAGUCGGAAAACAACUUAGUUUCUCUGACUUUCGACAGGCCAUUGUUAGAUCACUUCGAGAUCUUAUUCGCCGUCUAAAUAUCCAACUUACGGAUGUGAAUUAUUCAUUAUCAGAAGAUGAAAUCCAAGAUGAACAUCUACAAAAUGAUUUCAUGGCGAUUCUGCAAGAAAUCCAUAAUCAGAAAAUGUUGCCUUCAGAAUCAUUCGAUCCAUUUUGUUUCGAGCCAACUGAAUUUUCUUCAAAUCUUGACCAAAUACUUGCUGCCAAAGUGGUUCAAGUAAUUUGGCCAGUAUUAGUAGAAAUCGAAGAAGUUCACAGUCAUCUUCGCAGCAAUGAACAUGACCACCCAACGUGUAGCAAUAUUUUUAAUUCUUUGAGUUCUGUAGUAAAUGAAGUUCUGCAGAUUGCGUCAGAAAAGAAUCGCACAGAUAUAAGUGAUGCAACAAACUUAAAACGAAUCACUGGAAAGAUACAAGAGUUUCAAAAGAGAAUCCUUCGAACUAUUGACGAUCUUCAAGAAACUGCAUCAACGAGUACAGAUGAACAAACUGAUAAGCCUCCUUCAUCUGGUGAAGCUCCAGUUCAUGUCCACCUAUUGGAUUCAAAUAAAACUGUGGUCAAUCCUCUAGAAGAGCCGUUUAUAGGACAGGCAAUAACAGGAAGGAAUCUUUUAGCAACGGAUAGCCCUUAUCUACCAGCACGAGGUAGUGGAGAAAUUAUAUCAAUUAAGACAGGAAUGUCUGGUAACUACAGAACCCUGAUUGCCGUAACUGAACCUAAGGAUCAUGUUAUUGCUGGAGAAACAGAUUCGGUAAAGAUAUUUUUCGAUGUUAUCACGGGGAGUCUUUUUCAAACGUUAUCAGCGUACAAGCCAAGUUGUUUAUCAUCGACACGCGUCCAAGAUGAGAGUCUCUUAGCUUUUGUAGAAGAUAAAAAUACGGUUCGAGUUCUUAUCUAUAAGGGAAUACAAGGUUUCGUUGAGCUAGUUAAACUCAAAACUAAAGAUGAUGUUUUUGGCUUGCAAUUCAUAAGUUUGGGAGAAAAACGUGGUAAUAAACUUCCGAAAACGUUUUUGAUAGUAAGCGGAGGAAAUAAAGUCCAAUUUUAUGAGCUUCUUAUGUUUGGUGAUUAUUGGUUUGGAAGUAAAAUCAAUUGUGACUUGUGGAAGAAUCACUGAAUGUUCAGUUUUGUAGAUAUUAUUGUGUAAAUAUUAUUUCAUUAAUAUAUUUAUUAAGUUUUGUUAAGGUUAAAGUGUAUAAGUUUGAUAAGCCCAGUUUAAUAAAGUUAAAAAAAAAAUUAUAUAA